AUGGCCAACCGACCGAAUUACCUCGAUCUUCGGUCCGAGUCCCAUGGAUCAACUAGCACAGGACUUCCGUCUCCUCGUUUACACGUCGCGGGAGACGUCCCUCCCGAACUUUCACCUCUCGAUGCAUUCGCAGCCCAAAGCCGACGCUUGGCCAAGCAACUGGAGGAGAGCAUGAACAGCGGUGGGAAACGGAUUAGCAGGCUUCCUCCCCUGGCAAUAGCAGAUUCAUUGAACCAAGCCCGACCUACAUACUUCCGUUCUUUUUCAGCUGAGGCGGGAUCUGGAACGCCCACAUCGCCAUUAAAUAGCCCUGGGAUCGGCCUGAAGAUGGAAGUUGAGGCCCCUUUGAAUCGCCCGGUUUCUGUUCAUCCCCUCCUCAGUGGUGCCAACGGUGCGCCGCCACCUCUACCCGCGGAGCCAUCUCCUAUGUUGGAUAUACGCGAUGAAGGACAGCCUCGAGGUAGAACACGCCCAAACCCAAACCAGCUCCACGGCCCUGGAUAUUUUGGAGCUCGGCGAGAACGAUCCCCGCAAUCUUUAGAUCGAGGCCAGAGCCUUGCCUCCGCGGAGAACGCCUCGUCAGAUAUACAAUCUCGACCUAGUGUUGAGUCCAUGCGCUCUCAUGGAAAUGGACCACGGAGAGCAAAUGACACCUCUUUAGGGAUAACCAAUUACGAUUCUAGAGCACUAGCACCUCCUCGGUCACCAUUCGCACAAAGGACUCCAAGCCCUAGAUCGAUGUCCAUGGAUAGCUCCGAUGACGAUCUCAAUACCUCAAACGCAUCUCGAGUUUUGUCACCACCCAGAAAACUUUCUUCAAGUAGCGGCUUAUCAACCUCACCUAUUUCACCCACGAUGCAUUCCAUGCCAAGAUCACCCUCUAUAAGUUCUGAAAUGUCUGUUGGUGGAACACACCUGCCACGACCAGCGUUCAAUUUUUCCAGGCCUUUGAGCAGAGCCAGCGCCGCCGGGUUACCAGUUGAUCUCCCCUCAAGGCAGGCAUCUUCUGACAGCCAGCCCUCAUUUAUACUAGCUGAUGAUACUGCACAUACUCCUGUCAGUAUCCACAGUGAUGGCUUUCCAGAAAGUAUCAACGAAACUGGAGCAGCGCCGUCAUACGUUUAUUCCAGGUUUUCAUUGCCCAGGGGCAAAAUCCUACAGAGGAACUCAUUGAUAUUUCAAGAAAACCUACCACAGGCACAAUUUUCAUGGGAACAGCCAGUCGCCUUCACAAAUGUAGAGACCAUGUCAGGCGGGGCACCACCGUCUCCUCCCUUCAGACCUUCUAACGCGUCUUUAAGACCAGACCCAGGACAGCUUCGGCCGUCGCUUGACCGUUCCAGACCUUCAAUUGAACCAGGACAGCCAUCGUUUGAUCUUGAACGGCCAUCGCUUGACCCAGGCCGCCCUUCGCUCGAUCCGGGAAAGAUUUCAAGUGAGCAAGGACGGUCAUUAGCAUAUCAGCCGCAAUUAUCAAAGUAUGAUGGCCAGACUCCAUCCCUCGCAUCAUCGGCUACCAUCAAAGCCAGAUCGCAACAUUCCCUAGCAUCAGCUGCAGAGUUGCCUGCUGAAGAACAUGUUUCAAAAGCCAUAGAAUAUCACGAAGCAGGUGCCCUGACCAAAUCAACCUAUCACCUUCGCCUUGCCGCACGUCAAAAUCACCCCACAGGAAUGCUCCUCUAUGCCUUGGCUUGCCGACACGGUUGGGGCAUGCGACCAAAUCAAAAGGAAGGAGUUGCUUGGCUACGCCGGGCCGCAGAUUCUGCUAGCUUGGAAAUUGCUGAUGAUGAAGACCUGAUUAGGGGUGGUAAGACAGUUGACAUACUGGAAAGAAAUACAAGAAAAGCCCAGUUCGCCCUGAGUAUUUAUGAGCUUGGUGUUAGUCAUAUGAAUGGAUGGGGCAUCGAGCAGGAUAAGGUGCUUGCUUUGCGCUGUUUUGAGAUUGCCGGGUCUUGGGGAGACGCUGAUGCUCUAGCGGAAGCGGGGUUCUGUUACGCACAGGGCAUAGGCUGCAAGAAGGAUCUUAAGAAAAGCGCGAAGUUUUAUCGUCAAGCGGAAAGUAAAGGCAUCAGUAUGGUAGGGAAUAGCUGGAUCUACAAAGCAAAAUAUAACGACGAUACGGAAGAGAAAAAUUUGCCAGAGGCGCGACCAUCGUCAGAAAAAGAAAAGGACAAAAUCCCGCGCAAUAAAUCACGGUCACGAACGAUGUUUGGAAGGAUGAAAUCAGCAUCCUGA